GCUGUCCAAAAAGCUGGCUUUGGAAGUGGGCUGAAUGCACGUGGGUGGAUGUUUACUGUCGUUGCUUCCUGCUUUCGUCGACGUCGCACUUCGUCCUUCUCUGAUGCUUGUUUCUAGCAAUCGUGGACACUUCGCUUAAUGUCAUCGUAAAUACUUUGCUGGCCGACGUAAGGAAUACAUACACAAUCCGUUCUCGGCGUAACAAAUACCCUAACCACCCACUUUACUUUCGCUUAAUUGGAUCCAUCUGCGAUGUUAUUAAAAUAAGAAUCGUUUUAGAGAUGAGGAUAACAUCUCCGGAAUAACGUUGCUUUUGGAAUUGAGCACUUUUAUUGAAUACUGCUGUUCUGGACUUUUGAAAAUGUCUUUCACUGAUGACUGGUUUGAAGAAAACAUUCUGAUUAAAUGGAAUAAUAUCUUGGAAAAACAAGAAUACAUUGAGUUUCUGUUGCAGAAAAUUUAUCUGAAGAAUCCUGGGGACAAGCCAUCAGCUUCUACAAGUAUUUAUAAAGAAGUUUUAAGCAAUCUAGAUGGAUGUUACAAUUGCCUUGUUGCUGUUAUUAAGGUUUUGAAAAAUUCAGUUGAUGCUUCUAAAACAAAAGAUGAGGGAAGUACAGAUAACAAAAAUGAACACCACACAAGUCUUUCUGAAAGUGACCCGUCCAUUGAUUUAAUUUCCCAGACUUCUGCUCAGUUUACUAGCGAGAGUGCAUCUGAAUAUAAGCCUCAGUCACAGUGUGAACCUCAAUCUGAGCCUGAUGACUUAUUACAAAAGCUGGACCUUGUCUCUGUGGAGUAUCCUACAAAAUCUGAUACCUUGACUAAUUCAAUUAAAGAGGUAGCCCCUUCAUUUCAUUGUGGAAUCUCCUUCAAAGAAGAAAACUAUGGAUUGGGACCAGACUUGGAAGAACUGACCCUUUCCUCUACAGUGAAAGUGUCCGUUUGCAUUGUUAUGUCACCUUAUUGUUUCUGGGUGCAACUUACAGACAUUGCCGAGAGCAACCUGAUUCAGUUAGCAAAGGACAUAAGUGAGCACAUAUCAUCAGAAAAUUGUCGAAGGAUCAGACAACCGUUUGUUGGAAUGAAAUGCUUGGCACCAUAUAGUGAUGGAUUUUUUUACAGAGCUAAAAUUGUAAAUAUUUGUAAACCCAAUAAAGAAGAUCCCUGUAAGCUGACCAAAGUAAAUGUUCUCUACGUCGACUAUGGCAACACUGAAGUUGUUUCAAGUGAAUGUCUGCAAGAAUUGCCCUACUCUCUAAGUCAACUGCCAUGUCAAGCAAUCUGUUGUUCCUUAGCAAAUAUUGCUCCUGUUGAUAUUAAGAAUGAUUGGUCAAUAAACAUCUCUGACAUUUUUCAGAAAUUAGUGUCUUAUUCAGUUCUGUUGUGUAUUCCCAAAAUUUCCUGUACAGAUGGUUUGCCACAUUUAGUCCAUUUGUACCCAAUUGACUUCCCCAGUGCUUCCGCUUUGCAGCUCUACAGCAUCAGUUUACAGCUGAUCUCUAAAAAUUGUGCUGUAUACAUCCCUAUUUCUGAGCAAAUUAAUUUAAUAUGUAACAUUCUGAAAACUUGGGUUCUAUUCAAUCAACAGCCAUUGUUAGAUUCCACUGAGGAGGACAGCAUUUCUGUGACUUCUUACAGAAAGAUGAUACCACAAAAAAACAAUAUUAUGAUGGAAAUAUAAACCAACAAAUUAGAUCUGCAUUUACUAAACGAAUGGAG